AUGACAUCACGAGUCUCUCAUAACAUUACUUACUCCACUACAAAAUAUAAAGCUGCUGCUGGCUUAAGUCUUGGAGACUUUGAUAUUAUAGAGGACUGGGAAGGUAGGCCAGCAUCUUUAUGGUCAGUACAGAGAAUAGGUAAUUUGCAAAGCCAAAUAGAGAAAUAUACUUAUGGUAUACGCCAACAAAGACAAGGUAGGAAAGGAUUGGAGUGUAUAGGACUUAGUCGUCUCAUACCUAAACAUCUACUUAUAACAUUUGCCAAUAAGUCAUUUGGGUAUGAUGGAUGGGUACUGGAUUUGAUUUCUGUUACUGUUAAAGAAGCUAUAGAACAUUCCGAGAAAAUUGGGGACAAAGCCACUGAGCGAGAAGAAACUAUGUACACUGUGGUAGCUAAUGCAGAGGUGAGAGUCACUCUGAAGGAUGGCACGAACACAACUGCACGUGCGACAGAAAGAUGUACUUUAUCAUCAAAAGGCGAAUGUUUUAGUAGAGUUAAAAAAAUGGCAGCCAACUCAGCCUUCAAAAAUGCAAUAUUAAAUUUCGAAAAUAUUGUUUUGGACCAUGCUAUUAAAGUUGAAGGAAAAUAUUAUACAGAUAAUUUGUAUAAACCACAAAUUAAGAAGGAGGAGCUAGGACUGCAAAACACUAUUUCCUAA